AUGUGGGACAAUAAGGAUCUUGUUGAAGUAAAUUUGAAUGCUAGCAAUUCGACAGUUGGCGCACAGAAAUCUAGCUUCAGCAACAACAUGAGUUUAUUUCGUUUCAAGGAAAGCGGCCGUGGAAGUGCAAUACCCUACAAACAGAGUCUGCCUGCAAAUGCCGAAAGUGCGCCAAAAAAUGCUGAGCUGAAAGCAAUGCGUAGUAUAUUCGGUGGCAGCAUUGAAUUCGUGUCCAAUAGCUAUCAAUCGCCCACAGAUUUGAGCUGCUUGCGACAAAUGUAUUGUCCUGAUUGUGAACAGCGUUUGCACGUGGAUAAUAUCAGUUAUGAUCGCUUAUUGCAUUGUUGCCUGCCAGUAUUUCCAUUCAAGUGCCUAUUCAAACGUGUCAUUGAACGCCGCCAAAGUGGAAACAAAGUGAUGUGUAAAAAAUGUGGUGGCAAUUUGGGUUACUGGAAGCAAAAGUGA